UGUGUGUGUCGCGGUGUGUGUGUGUGUGUGUGUGUGUGUGUGUGCGCGCGCGCGCGCGCCAAGGGCCCCGAGAGCCAGGCAGACCCCGGGAAGGAGGAGUUAUGUAGAUUACGGAUGAACAUUCUGGAGGGGAGCGAGGAGAGGAGGGAAGGAGAAGCAGAGGCGAGGGAGUGAGGAGCGGCGGAGGCCCUUCCCGCAGGAGCUGGGGGCGGCGGCGGCGGCGGAGGAGGAGGAGGAGUAGGCAGUGGAGGAGGAGGACGCACGGGCUGGAGGCGGCGGCGGCGGCGGCGGCGGCUGCUGCUGCGGCUGCGACUAGGCGCUUUGAGCCGGAACCGCCGGUGAACUUGGGCGCCACGUUCCCGGUGACUGACCCCGGAGGAUGGUGAACAGGAACUACUGCUGACCCUGUCUUCGCCGCUGCCUCUCGGGGGCUGCCGAGCGCGGGGCCCCUGUCUCCUCCCCUUGCCCGGCUGUGGGUGAACCUGCAGGCUCCUUACCCACCCGGAGGACUUUUUUUUGAAAGGAAACGAGGGAGGGAGGGAGAGGGAGAGAGGGAGAAAACGAAGGGGAGCUCGUCCAUCCAUUGAAGCACAGUUCACUAUGAUCUUACUCACAUUCAGCACUGGAAGACGGUUGGAUUUCGUGCAUCAUUCAGGGGUGUUUUUCUUGCAAACCUUGCUUUGGAUUUUAUGUGCUACAGUCUGCGGAACGGAACAGUAUUUCAAUGUGGAGGUUUGGUUACAAAAGUACGGCUACCUUCCACCGACUGACCCCAGAAUGUCAGUGCUGCGCUCUGCAGAGACCAUGCAGUCUGCCCUAGCUGCCAUGCAGCAGUUCUAUGGCAUUAACAUGACAGGAAAAGUGGACAGAAACACAAUUGACUGGAUGAAGAAGCCCCGAUGCGGUGUACCUGACCAGACAAGAGGUAGCUCCAAAUUUCAUAUUCGUCGAAAGCGAUAUGCAUUGACAGGACAGAAAUGGCAGCACAAGCACAUCACUUACAGUAUAAAGAACGUAACUCCAAAAGUAGGAGACCCUGAGACUCGUAAAGCUAUUCGCCGUGCCUUUGAUGUGUGGCAGAAUGUAACUCCUCUGACAUUUGAAGAAGUUCCCUACAGUGAAUUAGAAAAUGGCAAACGUGAUGUGGAUAUAACCAUUAUUUUUGCAUCUGGUUUCCAUGGGGACAGUUCUCCCUUUGAUGGAGAGGGAGGAUUUUUGGCACAUGCCUACUUCCCUGGACCAGGAAUUGGAGGAGAUACCCAUUUUGACUCAGAUGAGCCAUGGACACUAGGAAAUCCUAAUCAUGAUGGAAAUGACUUAUUUCUUGUAGCAGUUCAUGAACUGGGUCAUGCUCUGGGAUUGGAGCAUUCCAAUGACCCCACUGCCAUCAUGGCUCCAUUUUACCAGUACAUGGAAACAGACAACUUCAAACUACCUAAUGAUGAUUUACAGGGCAUCCAGAAGAUAUAUGGUCCACCUGACAAGAUUCCUCCACCUACAAGACCUCUACCGACAGUGCCCCCACACCGCUCUAUUCCUCCGGCUGACCCAAGGAAAAAUGACAGGCCAAAACCUCCUCGGCCUCCAACCGGCAGACCCUCCUAUCCCGGAGCCAAACCCAACAUCUGUGAUGGGAACUUUAACACUCUAGCUAUUCUUCGUCGUGAGAUGUUUGUUUUCAAGGACCAGUGGUUUUGGCGAGUGAGAAACAACAGGGUGAUGGAUGGAUACCCAAUGCAAAUUACUUACUUCUGGCGGGGCUUGCCUCCUAGUAUCGAUGCAGUUUAUGAAAAUAGCGAUGGGAAUUUUGUGUUCUUUAAAGGUAACAAAUAUUGGGUGUUCAAGGAUACAACUCUUCAACCUGGUUACCCUCAUGACUUGAUAACCCUUGGAAGUGGAAUUCCCCCUCAUGGUAUUGAUUCAGCCAUUUGGUGGGAGGACGUUGGGAAAACCUAUUUCUUCAAGGGAGACAGAUAUUGGAGAUAUAGUGAAGAAAUGAAAACAAUGGACCCUGGCUAUCCCAAGCCAAUCACAGUCUGGAAAGGGAUCCCUGAAUCUCCUCAGGGAGCAUUUGUACACAAAGAAAAUGGCUUUACGUAUUUCUACAAAGGAAAGGAGUAUUGGAAAUUCAACAACCAGAUACUCAAGGUAGAACCUGGAUAUCCAAGAUCCAUCCUCAAGGAUUUUAUGGGCUGUGAUGGACCAACAGACAGAGUUAAAGAAGGACACAGCCCACCAGAUGAUGUAGACAUUGUCAUCAAACUGGACAACACAGCCAGCACUGUGAAAGCCAUAGCUAUUGUCAUUCCCUGCAUCUUGGCCUUAUGCCUCCUUGUAUUGGUUUACACUGUGUUCCAGUUCAAGAGGAAAGGAACACCCCGCCACAUACUGUACUGUAAACGCUCUAUGCAAGAGUGGGUGUGAUGUAGGGUUUUUUCUUCUUUCUUUCUUUUGCAGGAGUUUGUGGUAACUUGAGAUUCAAGACAAGAGCUGUUAUGCUGUUUCCUAGCUAGGAGCAGGCUUGUGGCAGCCUGAUUCGGGGCUGACCUUUCAAACCCAGAGGGUUGCUGGUCCUGCACAUGAGUGGAAAUACACUCAUGGGGAAGCUUCCAUGAUGCACAGUAUCUGCUGUUCUUCAGUCCUUUGUCUUUCUUUGUCAUUCAGUUCUAGGCCUUUCCUCUGCACGCUCAAUGCCCAGUAAAAUUUCAGGAUUAACUAAAGAAGAGGAGAAAAAGAAGAAAAGAUUCUUCUUAAAAGUUUCUAAUGUUAUUUUCCUUCUGAAGUCUGAGCCCAUUUCUGGGGGGAGAAAAAAAAAAGCAAAUCAGAAAACCCACGGUUUUUCUUUUUCUUUUUUUCUUUUUUUCUUUUUUUAUUUUUUUGCUUUAAAACAAAGGGAAAAAAGAGUUUAAACAAAAAACCCACAAUUGAACUUCCAGGAAAGUGUGAAGACCCAAAACAGCUUUGUCUCCAAAGAAGAUAGCUCUCUGACUGCUUUGGAUAGUCUCCUACGCACCAUUUUGUCAGGUGGGAGAUUUGGAAUACACAUGCAGGACGUUAGACUGUUGGGACAGCCAUUUUCCAACAACCAAGGGGCCAAAAUAUCUGCAAUAUAGUAACAGCCUUAAUAAUACAUCCAUUUUUCGUUUUAUACAGCUGUUCUCAGCUAUGUCCUCAAUGUUUCAUCGCAUUUAUAUUCAUAGCUAUUUUCAAACACGACCUUUUAAUUGUUUUUGAAGUAUUUCUAAACCCCUUCUUUCCACCUUACUCCUCCAUCAUUGUGAUAAUCUUCCCAAGCUGUAUUAGGCCAUUGCCCCAGGCCUUCCAUGGGUCUGUCAGGAAUAUUCAUUACAAAGCAGAGCAAGAAGCAGUAUGUCUCUGAAGUGGAUUACAGUGGCAGUUAUUUUACAAGGAUUUGUGACACUAGUAAUAUACCCGUGUAACCCUUUGAGAACUAUCAGACCAGCUUUCAGAGUCUUAGGAUUGUCGGUCUUACGAUCUGAUAAAUUAUAGAACUGGGCAAUGGUAAAAACAGUCACAAGUUCAAGAAGUUCAGGUUUUUAAAACAGAUAUCCUGUAAUGUCAUAUAAUUUUAAAAUGAUUUACAAGACUACAUAAAUGUGUUUAUAACAAACAGAAAUGAUGUUACUUGCCAAAAUUUUUCUGGCAAAUAAAAAAGGUAUUUUAUUAAGAUUCUCAUAAGUCUGAAAUUUUAUUUGAAAAACUGAUAAUAGCCUAAGUCUUCUUUUCUUUUUUUUAGGCAUACUGAAUUUCUGUUUUAAAAUCCAUUGCAUGAAAAUUCAAUUUGCCUUGGUAUAUGCAGUUAGCAUUGCCAUUUUAAAAAUGAAUUAAAACGGUGACUCUGAAGUUGCAUGAAUAUCCUCCAGUGCAUUACCUAUUGCACGUCCACCAUAGUUCUCAAAGGGUUAGUGUGGCUUCUGGCAUUUAGCCGUCCAUUUGAUCACUGACAGAGCCAAGAGACCACCAAAGCAUUUCAUUGUUGAGUGUAAUUUGUCCUAACAGCAGUAUUGUCAUUUUCAUGUGACCUGCAGAGCAGGUUUGUAUCAAUAUUUUUUUCCUAGAGAAAAGUCAGCAACUGACAGACCUCUUUAUUGAUUUUUAGGAGCUGCUUCUUGCAGUGAAAGGCUUUACAGCCACUGGGCUGUGAACUUAUUAGAGAUGGUCAGAAUGAAUGCACCCCAUGAGUCAGACAUUGGCUUUGUGUGAAAGCCAGCUUUGAGGGGAUUAGCUUUUGAAACAAUGAACAGCUUGCCUUGAACUUGAUUAUUGAUCUAUUGACUGUCAUUAACAACAACUUAAACAUUGUCUUCUGUGAAAAUUUUCCUUGAAGAGUCCUGUUCUAUGUCUUUGCCCUUUGACCUUUAACUUGCAAACUGGCACAAACUGAAGGAAAUCUGGUGUUGCUUCUCCAUUGGAUUAGUUGUUCUCUAAAACCUAGUAAGCAUGAGCUGUUUCCUUAGAGUGGAGAGAGUGGUGAUGGCAGAUCUGCAGAUGGACACUUUGCUCUUUACAUGCACACUCUGAAAAUGCCCUAUAGGUAGAAGUGAAUUUUAAUUUCAUUUUAAUAUAAUUUCAAGUCUAAAUUCAUCAUUUUAGUACAAAUUACAAAAACUAUAGGAAAAAAAAAAACCUCAAAUACUUGAAUGGCCAGUGUGGCUUUUAUAUAAAGCAGGAAUUUUAUACUAGUAAAAAUUUCUUACUCAUUUGCUAAUACACAUUUCCAGAUGAUUUUUAAUGAGUGUAGGUAUACAUUCUUAUUUGGAAAUGGAUAGUUUGGCUGCCUUGAAUUUAUAUUUAUACUCAACAUAGCAUGAAAAUUAGAAUGCCUUUUGGUUAAACUACAUGUUUAUGAUUUGGUUGGGGAAAAUAUUUUAUAAUUGUGGGUGGCAUGCUGCAAAGCCUUGCAGAUUGUUAUUUCUUACAACCUGAGCGUAUAUAGUAUGAGCCUAAGAAAAAAGAUCAGUAAGAAAAGAAGAAUGGCUUUACAGUAAAAUAUCAUACAAUGCAGACUAUAUUUUAAGAGGAUAUUGGAGAUUAUGUACGCAAGGGCCAAGAAAGCGAGAAAUGAGAACCAGAGUCAGCCCUGUAGCUUUACUUCAGUGCUUCCAUUCUAGAUGAUGCUGAUAUUAUAAAGAGUUAGUCACUGCUGCUAAGCAUGGAGGACUAUAUACAUAAGCUCGUUUAUACAGUGUUUGCUUGUGGGAGGGUUUAGUCCUUUUAGGGCCUUGAUGUCAAGAAAAAAAAUAACUGGAAACUAUAUUUUACUAAAGAUAGAAAUGAGGAACUGUGUCAUUUUGGGACAUGUGCAAAUCAUUGAGGAACUCCAUCACCCUGCAUUGAAAAUUGAUUUUUUUUCCUCUAAAAUGAGAAAGAAACUGAAUAAGCAAUCUGUUGCCUCUUUACUCAUUCAUCACAAUAUCCUGAUUCGUCAUAAGACUAUCAGUAUAUAAGGGCUAGAAAAUAAUCAUAGCAUUAAGAAGGAAGGAGUCUAUCAUUAUGCUUGAAUUCUGGCAAAUGUCAUGAAUAAGGGUUGGGUCAUAUUUACUUUAAUAUGAGACAAGAUUUAUGUGAUAAGCAAAGGCAUAUAAGGCUGCUCUUUUGAACAGAACAUUUCAGUUAUCAGGCUGUACUAUUACAAGAGAUAAGAAGACAAUAAGGACAAUGUAAUCACAAACACUGGGAUUCCAUUUGUUUAUUGUACACCAGCUACUUUGUGGGUAUGGUUCCUGACUCCUCUUCUACUUGAGGUUUGGGAAAAAAGUCUCAAUCCAAAUGGAACAGUGAAAGGGAAAGUAAUUCAUCUAGCACAUAAGAAUAGUGAUUCAAAACCAAUGCGGAAUAAAUUUCCAUGGGUCAAUAACAUAAGGUGUCAGUUCAGUAUUACUAGAGAUAUGCAAGGCAUAAAAUAUUUUCAUCACCCCAUCACUAAUAACAUGAAAAGCUCAGACAUAGGAUUUCCCAAAUUGAAAUGAAAACACAUUCAUACCUGCAAAAAUAAUUCUCCUUCUGCUUCAUUUCUCAUUACUUUAUCUAAUAUAAACACAAAUGUAAACAAGGUAAUGUUCUUCACGUAAAAUGACCAUAUAGUUAAGAAUUUUAGUAAAAUAUUGUUGUUCUGUGUAUUAUUAAACAAAUGCAAUGAAGUAUUAAAAUAGCUGAUCAGUUUGAAUUUCCUGUAAAGCAGUAAUUCCGCAUCAGAAUUGUAGAUAAGGUUGUGAAUUUAUUGACUCAUUUCAGAACAGUGUCUGUUGACAUGGCAGUCAGAGCAGGUGAAUACAGAAGCUCUUUCUGAUUGCAAAGGUUAUAGAGCUAAAUUAGACAGCAUUAUGUGAUACUAGCAAAGACAACUUCUGUUAUAAAUCAGAGGGCAAGGCUUUUCUGAAUCAAUGUGAUAAAUUACUAAGUAAUGAUUACCAAAAAUAAUUACUAAGUAAUAAAGGAUACAGACUGGUUUACUGAAAUAAGCAAGUGUUACAUUUAAUAAUUACCUAUAAUAUUUUUUGUUAACACAUAAGCAAGUGUUACCUUUAAUAAUUACCUAUAAUCUUUUUUUGUUAACACAUAAUUUGGCCAUUUCAUAUACUGUGUACCUAUUUUCAUUCCCUCUCUGUGGGUCAUUAAAAAACACAAUGUGGUGGAUAAGAACAUUGUCCAGACUUCACUGCUAGUUCCAAUACAUAGAUGAUGGUGUAUAAACUGGAUUGUAGGGGUAGUCAUAUUUGCAAGUUCUACAUGUUAUGCUAAUAUAUCUAGUAUGGUACACAUACAUGCCCACACUUUGUGGAUCUUACAGUGGAAUAAAUAGUGUGUCCAUAGUAACUAAACUCAAAGUGCUAUCUGAAGAGGAAUGGAUGUUAUAAGCAGACAGACAGACUGAGUUAAACUGAGUCAUGAAAAAAUAUAUAUUUUAAAGUUUUUGGAAUCAUUUCCAGAAACUAAUAAAGGGAAUUAUUUACUGGUAGUAUUGAGUCUGUGAGAUUGUAGUAUAUACUGAAACAAUCUUCUGGAUGGUGUUAAGGUCUUUUUUAGCAAACACAUAAAGAGCUUAUUUCAUUUCUGAUGCUUUCAAGGGCAUAUUCCAAAGUAUCACAGAUGUCAAAUAGAAUAUGCUAUAUAAACCAAAAAUGUUCAUUUCAGAUGACCUAUUACAGCAAUCUCAGCCAAUAUGUAAUAUCACAAAAUGUGUCAAGUCAAUCAUAUAAAAGGAUCUAAUCAUUCAGCUGUAUUUCAUGUACCUUCAUGUUGUUGAUAUAUUGUGACCACAGGAAAUAGGUGCCAGAGCAUAUGCAGUUAAGUUACAGGCUCCACGUUGCCUAGGAGGGAAUCAUAACUACAUCAGAAAAUUUUUAACAGUUAUAUCUUAAAAAUUAGAAUUUUAUGUAAUAAAUAAAGCGGCAACCAGGAAUGGCAACACAACAUAAAUAUGAAAGCUAAUUAUUAUAUUUAGCUUUCAUAUUUAUAUAAUAAAUAUGAUGGAAAUGGAGAAGGAGGAAAAAUGAGUCUUUUGUUAAAUAUAAAGACAAACUAUAACACUCCUUGAUAAUACAACUGGAAAUUUUACUUUAGCAAGCAUAAAAUAGUGGAGGAAAAAAAUGCAACUUCAAGCUCUUUGCACUAGUGAUGAUUAUGUGAUAUAUCAAUGUAAUAUUUAGCCAGUGGUCAUUAGAUGUUACCGUGCUUAAACACAUCUGAUACUCAUGCAUUGCCUUACAGGCUAAAAAUGUAAGAGGUAGGUGUUCAGUAACCUCAAGUUGGAAAGAUAUAUAAUGUUAGAAUCCCCUGAGACAAGCCAUUUCCCUGAAAUAGAAAUUUACCUCAAUAAUCAUGUAAUCUAAAACACUUGGCAUAGUAGCAAAGAAGUUGCCUUAGUGUUCUAGUCUCAUCUAAUUGUGACCUUUGUCGUUCAUGUACUUCUGAAAUCAUUUUCCACUGGUGUAAUUUUGAAACAAUUCUGAAAUAUUUCAGGUAAGAUUAAUAACAUCCAAUUACAAAUAUAUGUUUCAAUAUUUUAUACGUAUGUCUACUUUGAAAGUUAAACCAAUAGUAUAGAAAGCCUAAGAAUGAACACUGAUUGGACAUACUCACAGAAAUUAAGGGAAAAACACAUGAUAUUGUAAAAUUCCUGUCAAUGUUUGAGUAGAAUACAGAAGUACAUAGCAGUCUUCAAUUUUUAAACACAAUUAUGGGCUUAUAACUGGACGUGACAUGCAUCAUUUAUUAGAACAAUAUUAUUUAUUUAUACUAAGUAAGGAUAUAAGAUCACAGAAGCUUAGUGUUAUAACAGAGACUUCACAGACAUUCAUAACUAAUGUUUUCUAAGGAAAAUAAGGGCAUAACCCAGAACUCAUGGUCAGUGCAGAGUAAGUAUAAAAAGUUAUGUAUGAAAGACAUUUAUUUAUAGAGAUUUCUGAGGAUUCUAUGCCUUUUCAACUUAAAGAUGAGUGUGUCUUAGAAUUUGUUUUAUGCAUCAUUGGACUGGGGAUGAUAUUCAGAUGUGUACUCAGCGUGUCCUCACAUUAAAGGGCACAUUGAACAGUAUAGGAAAAUACAUCAUAAACUAGAAUGUUGUACAGAUUCAUAUAACUUUCCCAUGUGCUCUGCUGUAGAGCUGAAUUUAUAUGCCCUUAAAAAGGGAUAAGAAUCAAUUAAAUAUAAAUACAGAAAUAUACUUAUGUUAGGUCACUUAGCUUCAGAGCAAGAUGUCAUUAACCUUUAUUUCACAGAGAAAAACUGGAAGAAAAGAAUGGUGAACAAGAAUAAAAUGAUAAACUUUUUGGCUUAUAGAGAUGUUUCUUGGGAAUUUUUUCCACUUGUUUUUAUCCAUGAAAAAGAUAUCAGUCACAAUACAGACAUUUCUGUAGUAUUUGGUCUGUGGGUAAACUGGAUCCCAGGCAGAAUACUUUUUGACACAGGCCUUUUUAUACAUGCUUUAUAUAUGAUGAAGCUUUGGUGAGAUGUGACUGCAUGGUAGGAUGCAUUUUCCUAGGAUAGGAUAUGGUGCUGCUUGUACUUGCCACCUUUUAUAUGAAUGUAUACAUUCAUCGCUACAUUGGCCUGUCUUGCCAAGAUAUGGUUGAAUAAAGCCUGGUGUGAGCUGUCUGUUUGAAAAGUCACUAGGAUGCAUGUUUCAUUUGCCGUUACAUAAUGCCAAUUUGAACCUGUUUCCUCUAUAUAUUAACAAUCCAAUUGUUAAGAUAAAAUAUACUUUGCUUGAAUUAAUGAUUUUGGUAGUAAUAUGGGCGUUAUCCUUAAAUCAAUGUUACAAUUUUUGCUAUUACUGAAAUACCGUCACAGAGGCCACAUUAUUGGCUGUCUAUACCAUUGCCUGAGUAAAAUUAGGUUUUUAGGUCUUUUUGGCAUUUACUUCUUUUAUAGCUGAUGUGGAAUCAAUUAUUCCUUUAUGUGUUCAUAAGUACAAAAUUUCACUAUCUUAAUUACUUCCAAACAAUUUCCAAGCAAGGGUAUGUGUGCCUGGUUUUUCUGCUCCUCCAAUUCUAAGAUCGUUAUUUGUUUGCCUUCUGUUUCUCACCCAAAAAUACAGAUGGUUGGGAAAGAUA